AAGAACUUAUUAAUAAAUUGAUGUAGUUAUUGUACCAAUUUUGUACUUAAAAGUUGUGCGACACAAAAACUCAAGUAGUAUAACUUGAGUAAUAUAAGAAACAAGUUACUAACUGCGUCUUCAGUAAACAAUUAGCUACAGCUAGUUGUGUACAUUAUGCAUCAUGUUAUGGAUUCCGAUAGUGAAGAUGAGUUGCCACCAGGAUGGGAAGAGAAAUCAACUGAAGAUGGAAAUGUUUAUUUUGUAAAUACAUACAAUACCAAAAUACAAUGGACACAUCCUCGAACUGGAAGAAAAAAAGUGAUUUCUAAAGAUCUACCCUUUGGUUGGUCCAAAACUGUUGAUGAAAAUGGCAAAACAUUGUAUGUACAAGUUGAAACUGGAAACAAGACCUAUGUAGACCCAAGAUUAGCUUUUGCCAAAGAAGAAAAGAAAUAUACAAAUGAUUUUCGGCAAAGAUUUGAUGGUUCUUCAACAGCUUUUCAGGUAUUACAUGGAAUAGACUUGUCAGGGAAAUAUGCAUUAAUAACUGGUUGCAACAGUGGUAUUGGUUACGAAACAGCAAAAUCCCUAGCUAGACAUGGCUGCAAUAUAUUAUUUGCCAAUAGAAAUAUAGAUGCAACACAAAAAGCAAUCAAACAAAUUGUUGAAGAAACCAAUGCUUCCGAGGACAAUUUAAAAGCAAUAGAGAUAGAUCUAGCUUCACUGCAAAGUGUUAAGAAGUGUGCCUCCUCUGUGAAAGCUAUAUUUUCAGAUCAUUUGGAUAUGUUGAUAUUAAAUGCUGGUAUUUUUGGUGAUGCGUAUGAAGAAACUGUUGAUAAAAUAGACAAAACUCUGCAAGUAAACCAUUUGAGUCAUCUAUACUUAGCUUUAUUACUUGAGCCCUUACUGAAGCGCGGAUCAAGAGUAAUUUUUGUAUCAUCAGAAUCUCACAGGAUGGCAAAAUUAAAAAAUGUAUUUGUAAACCAGGAUCUCUCAUGUCCAAAGGAUUGGUUUAGUUCAAUGUUGGCAUAUAAUAAUUCCAAAUUGUACAAUGUUAUAACUGCGAAAAUAUUAAGUGAAGAAUGGAAAAAUAAAGGAAUAUGUGUGAACUCCCUUCACCCUGGGAACAUGGUGUACACUAAUAUAUCCAAAAGCUGGUGGUUGUAUGGUGUUCUGUUUUAUUUAGUUCGUCCAUUCACAAAAUCUUUGCAACAAGCCGCUGCCACCACAGUAUAUGUAGCUACUGCUUCUGAAUUGGAUGGCGUUACAGGCCUGUACUUCAACAACUGCUUCUAUUGCGAAGAGUCCGCUCUAGCCCGCGAUAAAGAAAUUUCAAACGAAGUAUUCUCUUUAUCUCUACAAAUGAUAAAGGCUCGUAUGGGAUCUGAUGACAUAAAAAAAUAUUUGGAUAAAUUUUGUACUAAAUCGUAAAAUGUAUCAAUAUAUAAUAUGGUGGGAGGGGAAUAUAUUUUAUUUUUGUAUAUGCUGGUGUUCUUAGUUCAAGAAAACGGUUUGAAAUUGUGUCAACAUUAUAAUUAGCACAACAUAUUUUAAUAACACAAUAUUUAGUGACCACACUCGCUACACUGUUUGAUAGUGGAAUCUUGUAAUUUCUAAAUGUACACCAUAAGGUGUGUGUUUAGUGUUAUAGAAAAAUAAAAUAUUUGUGUCGCGGUUUACAACGUGUCGAUCUCUUAUCUGGCUUCCAUGUAAUUCUCACAUAGGGAUUUAUAUAUAUUUAAAUGUUUUGACAUACUGUAUUACACAGUACUUAUACAUUGUGAGAAUAUGGCCAAUAUGGAAUGUACUGUAAUACAAUAUUAUUAAUUUUUAAUGACCCAAAAGAAAACUUAACAGUUAGUUUAAACAAACAGAAAACCUUAAUGUUUUUUUUUUAAAUUAGGAUAGCUAUUGUAGAUGAGGGAUAAAUUUUUGGGAUCGUAAGAAAACGGCUUCCGGGCCCCCACUCAUCUAACGAAACACAGUAGCAUUCGCAUACUACUAUUUCGCAGCCUUUUUCCUGUGGGAAUGUGGUAACUUCCCCAGAGUGAGCCGGCUCAAUUCCUACCGAAACGUGAUCAACUCCCACAUAGAAAUAAAUCUAUAAAGGAUACAACGAAUGAUGGUCUGAUAUACAAGAGUCACAAUUGCUUUUCACAUUAGCUAUACACUAUAGUAAUUUAUAUACAUACAUUAACCAUACCAUAAUUGUAUUUAUUAUUGCAUAGACAUUAUAUCCAUGGCUUGUGCAGAUAAAUAUAUAUAUUUUUUAAAUAUGAUUUACUUUGU